UACAGUCACAACAACAACAACCGUGUGUGUGGGUGGUCGGGCGUAGUGAACUCAUCGACUAGAUAGGCAUCGUUCGAAGGAAGAACUUGUGACCAUGUCCCGUAUCAUCUACGUCACCGGAUUUGGUCCGUUCGCCGGCCACGAAGAACGCAACGCCAGCUGGGAAGCGGUGAAGCUCCUCCCCGACACGUACCAUCACAAAAACAUUGAAUAUCGAGUGAAAAAGUUGGAAAUACCUGUCACAUAUGAAGCGGUCGAUGCGGUGGUGCCCAAAAUCUGGAACGAGAAUCCGGCGCUGGUCAUCCACGUCGGCGUCCACGGCCGAAUCGAAACGAUCAAUCUGGAAAAAUGCUCCUACUCGUCCGGGUACUGCCGGCCGGAUUUCGCCAACAAGUGUCUACCCUGCGAUAAGAUAUCGCUAAAAAGUGCCACGGCCGAGGGCAAGUGCGAGUAUCUGGAAACGAGCCUGGACGUGGAGGCUAUCGCCCGGGAACUCGAUGCGGUCAAGUGUCAAUGCUCCCGGGAAGUCGGAAGCUACCUGUGUGGCUAUAUCUACCUCAAAUCGCUGGACGUCGACCGGGACCGGACGUUGUUCAUCCACGUGCCGGGCAUCGGGAAACCGUACAGCUCGGAGCAGACCAAGGAUGCCAUCUACCAAGUGAUGGACCGGUGCAUCCGCCAGUUGGACUCGAAGGGAAUGCUCUAGGAACAGUGGAUGUGGCAAGGGCUUCGUUCGGAUGGAAUUGAGCUGGCAGCUUAUUUUUUAAUCAAUUUUAACUGAUUUUAUAGUUUGUGGUAGAUUCAAUUGCGAUACGAUAAUAUAUGUGUCUUUUACCCGG